AUGGGUUAUUUAAUGCCGACUCUUCAUCUAUCUAUCUAUUCAUCUAUCUAUCUAUCUAUCUAUUCAUCUAUUCAUUCAUCUAUCUAUCUCAGUUAUGGUUUUGGUUUUUUUUUAUGGCAUAUCAACCUCAAUGGGUUAUUUAAUGCCGACUCUAUUUUUAUCUAUCUAUCUAUCUUUGUAUCUAUUCAUCCAUCUAUCAUCAUCCAUUCAUCUAUCUAUCUAUCAAUCUAUCCAUACAUAUGGGUUUGGUUUUGUUUGUUUUACGGCAUAUCAACCUCAAUGGGUUAUUUAAUGCCGACUCUUCAUAUUCAUUCAUCUAUCUAUUGUCUCUAUCCAUCUAUCCAUCUAUAUAUCUAUCUAUCUAUCUAUCUAUCUAUCUAUCUAUCUAUCUAUACAUAUGGGUUUGGUUUGGUUUUUGUUUUACGGCAUAUCAACCUCAAUGGGUUAUUUAAUGCCGACUCUUCAUAUCUAUCUAUCUAUCUUUGUAUCUAUCUAUCUAUAUCUAUCUAUCUAUUCAUCUAUCUAUCUAUCUAUCUAUAUCUAUCUCAUACAUAUGGGUUUGGUUUUGGUUUGUUUUAUGGCAUAUCAACCCCAAUGGGUUAUUUAAUGCCGACUUCUUCAUAUUCCAUCUAUCAUCAUUCAUCAUAUCUAUCUAUCUAUCUAUCUAUCUAUCUAUCUAUUCAUCUAUCUAUCUAUAUCUAUAUAUUGGUUUGGUUUUGUUUUACGGCAUAUCAACCCCAAUGGGUUAUUUUAAUGCCGACUCUUCAUAUCCAUCUAUCUAUCUAUUAUCUCCCAUCCAUCCAUCUAUCUAUCAUAUCAUAUACUAUCCAUCUAUUAUCCAUCUACCAUUUACGGCAUAUCAACAUCAAUGGGUUAUUUAAUGCCAUUUCUUUUUCAUCCAUAUCAAUCAUCAAUCUCUAUCAUCUAUCUAUCUAUCCAUCCAUCCAUCCAUCUAUCUAUCUAUCAUCCAUCAUAUAUCUCCAUCCAUCCAUCUAUCCAUCCAUCUAUAUAUCUAUCUACAUAUGGUACAUAUGGGUUUGUUUUUGUUUAUUUAAUAUCAACCUCAAUUUAUUUAAUGCCGAUCUAUCUAUCUUUGGUAUUAUCAUUUGUCAUAUCUAUCCAUCUAUCUAUCUAUUCAUCUAUCUAUCAUUAUCUAUCUAUCUCAGUACAUAUGGGUUUGGUUUGGUUUGUUUUACGGCAUAUCAACCCUCAAUCGGUUAUUUUAAUAUAUAUAUAUCUGGUAUUCAUAUAUCUAUCUUUAUCUAUCAUUUGUCAUUCAUCUAUCUAUCUAUCUAUAUUAUCUAUCUAUUCAUCUAUCUAUCUAUCUCAGUACAUAUGGGUUUGGUUUGGUUUUUUUUACGGCAUAUCAACCUCAAUGGGUUAUUUAAUGCCGAUUCAUAUUAUUAUCUAUCUUUAUAUAUCUAUUAUAUCUAUCUAUCUAUCUAUCUAUCUAUCUAUCUAUCUCAGUACAUAUGGGUUUGGUUUUUUGUUUUAUGGUACAUCAACUUCAAUGGGUUAUUUAAUGCCGACUCUUCAAUCUAUUCAUCUAUCUAUUAUCUCCAUUCAUCUAUCUAUCCAUCUAUCUAUCUAUCUAUCUAUUGGUACAUAUGGUACAUAUGGGUUUGGUUUAUUUGUUUUAUGGCACAUCAACCCUCAAUGGGUUAUUUAACGCCAUCUCUUCACAUUCAUUUAUCUAUCUAUCUUUGUCUCCCCAUUCAUCUAUUCAUAUCUAUCUAUCUAUCUAUCUAUCUAUCUCAUACAUAUGGUACAUAUGGGUUUGGUUUGUUUGUUUUACGGCAUAUCAAUUCAAUUUAUUUAAUGCCGAUCUAUCCAUCUAUCUAUCUUUGCAUUAUAUCUAUCUAUUCAUAUUAUAUCUAUAUAUCUAUCUAUCUAUCUCAUUCAUUGGGUUUGUUUGUUUGUUUUGACGGCACAUCAACCUCAAUGGGUUAUUUAACGCCGAUAAACUUCCACAAAUAUCUAUCUAUCUUUGUCAUCUAUCCAUCUAUCUAUCCAUUCAUUCAUCUAUCUAUUCAGUACAUAUGGAUUUCAACCCCAAUGGGUUAUUAUCUAUCUAUCAUAUCUAUCUAUCUGUUUUUAUCUAUCCAUUCAUCUAAAUCUAUUAAUCUUAUCUAUUUUUAUCUAUCUAUCUAUCUCAGUACAUAUGGAAAUCUAUCUAUCCAUCUAUCCAUCCACAUCUGGUUAUCCAUCUAUGGUAUAUCAUCAGUACAUAUGGGUUCAUCAUUUGUUUGUUUUACUGCUGGUAUAUCAACCUCAAUUAUCUAUUUAACGCCGACUCUUCAUCAUAUCAUCCAUUCAUCUUAUCUACAUUCAUAUACAUCUAUUAUCUAUUCAUCUAUUUAUUUAUCUAUCUAUCUAUCUCAUACAUUGGGUUUGGUUCAUCCAGCAUAUUUUAUUUUAAUGCCAUCCACAUUAAAUACAAUAUAUAUUUAUCUAUUCAUCUAUUUACAUCUAUCUAUCUAUCUAUUUGGUUUUUUUUAUCCACAUGGCAUAUCAUCCUCAUUUGGUUAUUUCCAUUCAUCUCUUCAUAUCUAUCUAUCUAUCUAUCUAUCCAUUAUCAUUCAUCUAUCUAUCUCAACUCUUCAAUUCAUCUAUCUAUCUUUAUCUCAUCUAUCUAUUCAUCUAUCUCAUCUAUCUAUCUAUCCAUCUAUCUAUCUAUCUAUCUAUCUAUGGCAUAUCAUCAUAUGGGCACACAUGGGUUUGGUUUGGUUUGUUUUACGGCAUAUCAAUAUCAAUGGGUUAUUUAAUGCCGAUUCUUCAUUAUUCAUCUAUCUAUCUUUUUUUAAUCCAUCUAUCUAUCUAUCUAUCUAUCUAUCUAUCUAUCUAUCUCAGCACCGAUCUCUUCAUCUAUCUAUCAUCGAUUCAUCUAUCUAUCUAUUAUCUAUCUAUCUAUCUAUCAUAUCUAUCUAUCUAUCUAUAUCUCAGUACAUAUGGGUUUGGUUUCAUUUGUUUUACGGCAUAUCAACUUUUAAUAUUUAUUUAAUUCAUCGAUUCAUCUAUCUAUCUAUCUAUCUUUGUCUCCAUUCAUAUCAUCUUUAUCCAUCUAUUCUAUCUAUCUAUCUAUCUAUUCAUCUAUCUCAGUACAUAUGGGUUUGGUUUAUUUGUUUUAUGGCUAUCAACCUCAAUGGGUUAUUUAAUGCCGACUCUUCAUAUCUAUCUAUCUAUCUAUCUAUCACAUCUAUCUAUCUAUCUAUCUAUCUAUCUAUUAUCUAUCUAUCUCAUUGGUUUGGUUUGUUUUAUGGCAUAUCAACCUCAAUCUAUUUAAUGCCGACUCUUCUAUCCAAUAUCUAUCUUUGUAUCUCAUUCUAUCUAUCUAUCUAUAUCUAUCUAUCUAUCUAUCUAUAUCCAGUACAUAUGGGUUUGGUUUGGUUUGUUUUAUGGCAUAUCAACCUCAAUGGGUUAUUUAAUGCCGACUCUUGA